ACCGCCGACGCCCCAGCACACGCCCCAUUGCCCUGCGCCCCUCUGCCCUGCGCCAUCCCACGUUUUUCCUUGCCCUGAUUUCUUAUAUCUCCAUAUUUCUUUCGUCUGGGGGUCUUGGUAGCGAUCCGGCGCAGCCUCUCAUCUUUUCUUUCUGCCGGCACAGCACGACAUCUUCAAUAUGGCUAUCUGGGACACAUUAACAGGUCGCAAGGCCAAGGAGGCCACACCACAACCGCCACAAAAUAGCGACUUUGUAAAAGAAGAUACUUUCCAGCCCACACCAUUCGACCCCAGCACCGCCAUCCAGAACCCCUCCGAGUUCAUCCUCGACCCCACACAAUUGCACCCUCUUGCGGGCCUCAACCAACAGACGCUCGAAUACCUCUCACUCGAAGACCAACUCCCAUCCGAUCUCCCCGGCUCGCAAUCGGCCCUGCCCUCGCGUGGUUGGUCAGAUGACUUAUGUUAUGGCACCGGAGUUUCGUACCUGACGGCACUGACGAUUGGUGGCGCAUGGGGACUUGCUGAAGGACUCCAGAAGAACCCGCCCAGCAUGCCACCACGGUUGCGGCUAAACGGUGUGCUCAAUGCGAUAACGCGGAGAGGGCCAUUUUUGGGAAACAGUGCAGGUGUGAUUGCCAUGGUGUACAAUGGAAUAAACAGCACCAUUGGCUACUACAGGGGAAAGCACGAGAUGAGCAACAGCAUAGUCGCCGGUGCCUUGAGCGGUGCGAUUUUCAAGAGCACAAGAGGGACGAGGCAAAUGGCCAUCAGUUCGGGUAUUUGCGCCACUGUUGCAGGAUCUUGGGCGAUAACCCGCAAGGUCUUUUUCGAGCCUGACCCAAAAUCUGAGUAAACCAAGAACGGAUGUGUCUUGAGCCACAAUGUUGCCGCUAUGGUAGGCGUUCCGAGUUUUCGGAGUAUUCGUCGCAAUGAUGUUCUCAUCUUUUCUACGUUCGACACUAUUUGCAUCUAUACCGUCAAUCUUGACGUAUCCCUCACCACUCUACGGGCAGCACCCGCUGCCCAUUGUACAAUAGCUGGCGUUCCUGGAUGGAGACCGCAUGAGGUUUAGAGAAAAAAGGCAUGGUGUUGGGCUUCUGGGUCUUUGGGCGACUGGCUGUGUAUUGUAUGUAAGACGAAAUGAUGGAGCAAAUUAAUGACAUUUGAUCAAUUG